CUUUCCUUGGAAAUACCCACGUCAAACGAGCUUAACGAAUGAGAGGGGAAAAAUAAUCCAAUUCUUUUCCUUUCCCUUUGUUUCAUAAUUAUGAGCUUUUAGCUAGACGAAAGGCAUUAUUUUGAAGGGAAGGCUUCAAUUCCAGCGACUUCUCCUCUCAUUUUCAAUGUUCUUGUAAGAAAUUUAAUCUUUUUGGUUCUUCUUGCAACCUCUUACGUUGUUUUGUUAUAAAGCAUUGGUCUUAUCUUAGGUAGAUAUAUUGUUGUACAUAAAAGACACCCAUUUCAAAUUGCCACCUUUUGUAUUUAUAAUUGUUCUCAAAAUCGAAACUUUCUCCAUAAUUUCAAUCUGUUGGUCUUUGAAAAGGCUACCCUUUUUGCUCAUUUGCUGCGUAUGAACCUCUACCCCCAAUCCCCAUUAACAAAACCCAGCUCAAAUCCCAAGCAUUUUCUUCUAAUGUAAAAAAAAAAGACCCAUCUUUGAUCAUUCCGUGCACCCAAAAUGUCACCUUUCCUCAUCUUGUUCAUAGUUCAUGCCCUUUUCCUUUGAAUCCAUCUCUUCAUCCUUCGAGAAAAUCACCACAAACUUGAACAACAAAAUGUUUGGACCACUAACUCAUAGGGGGGUCUCGUAUGAGUUCUUGGGCCAAACAGACCAUUGUAACAAUUCCCCCACAAUUUCAAGAAAACCCCCUUUCAAUAAUCCCUUGACUGUAAAAUUCCAAGACCUUUAUGGGUUCAAUGUAGAAGGCAAUGUGGAUGAUGUCAAUGUGAUGAAUGAGGUUAGAGAGAGGGUGAAGAAGCAAGGGAGGGUUUGGUGGUCUCUUGAGGCGAACAAGGGCGCAAAUUGGUAUUUGCAGCCUAUGAUUUCUUCUAAUGGAGAAGGAAUUAGAGUUGCUUCGUUGAAAUUAUCGGUAUUGACGAAUACUAUUACGCUUAAGAGGCUUGUCAGAAAGGGAAUUCCUCCGACGUUAAGGCCGAAGAUUUGGUUGUCGGUUUCCGGUGCAGCCAAGAAGAGGUCGACAGUGCCUGAGAGUUACUAUAAUGAUCUUGUUUUAGCUACCGAAGGGAAGGUCACGCCUGCAACUCUGCAGAUUGAUCAUGAUAUUCCUCGUACAUUCCCGUGUCACCCUUGGUUGGAUAGCCCAGAAGGCCAGGCAGCACUUCGCCGAGUUCUUGUUGGAUACUCAUUUCGGGACUCAAAUGUUGGUUACUGUCAGGGUUUAAAUUAUGUGGCCGCUCUAUUGCUGCUAGUGAUGAAAACGGAGGAGGAUGCAUUUUGGAUGCUUGCUGUCCUCUUGGAGGACGUUUUGGUGAGUGAUUGUUACACUGAUAAUCUUUCUGGUUGCCACGUCGAGCAAAGAGUGUUCAAAGAUUUGCUUGCCAAAAAAUGUCCGAGGAUUGCAGCUCAUUUGGAAGCUAUGGAGUUUGAUGUUGCUCUUGUAGCCACGGAGUGGUUCUUGUGCCUCUUCUGUAAGAGUUUGCCUUCAGAGACUGCCAUGCGUGUUUGGGAUGUUUUAUUCAAUGAGGGAGCUAAGGUCCUUUUUCAUGUUGCUUUAGCAAUCUUUAAGAUGCAGGAAGAGGAGCUGCUAGAAGCCCAACAAAUUGGCGACGUGAUUGACAUCUUGCAAACAUCCACCCAUCAUCUCUAUGAUCCCGAUGAAUUGUUGACAGUUGCAUUCGAGAAGAUUGGUUCAAUGACAACCAACACGAUAACCAAGGAGAGGAAAAAGCAGGAACCAGCAGUCAUGGCCCAGCUUGAUCAGAGACUGAAACGACUGAACUCGUUGAAAUCAAGGGAACAAACUCAGUAACAGUCAAGAUGGAGAUCAGAGUGAGAGUUUCAGAAAGAAAAAAGAAACUUAAACUGUGGUUGAUGCCUUUGUUCAGCUGCAUCCCGGUGGAG